AUGCGCACUACUAAUCCCAUUGAGAUUUUGAUUUCGGGAGAAGCUGCCAAACCUGCCACACCCUCCCUUUUCUAUUUCCGACUCCUUCGAGUCAAGUCAAACCAGAUGCCAUCUCGCGCUAGCACGAGAAGAAGUUCAACUCGAAUCGCAUCGCCGCCAAGCUCGGGUUCGCCGUCGCGGACGCGCAAAGAGUUCACGUCCGAGGAAGACUCGCAGUUCGCAGCGUUCUUGUGCAAGUUUAAGAAGGAGGAGAGGGUUGGAUUGCAUGUUCAUCGUGAAGCAGCAGCGACCUCGUGGGGUUCCCGUCACGUCGCUGUGUCCUGGCAACAGCGUUAUUUGCGCCGCCGAUCGGAGUAUGACGUGAAUUGCGAGGUGGCGCUUGCGGGACCGGAAGGACAAAAGCUUGGGCCGUCAAUUCAUGACGGCGCUCAACAUGCAUCAACGAGUACCACGACUGAACCCAUCUUUAUCACGCCAACUGCGCCUAGCAUUACCAUCCCCUACCCUCGUUUGUCCAAACAAGAUCUCCAGAUCUCAGUCAACAUGUUCCUUACUGUUCUCUCGCGGCAGUUUGGUUUGGAUCCUCAGGUCCUCUUCGAUUUAUGGGUCGAGCAUGGCAGUCUCGACAAAGUCCAUGCGCUGCUCGAGGAACUCGCUGAGAAAGCUGAUGUACCAGAAAACGAAGCCGACCUGGCCGAUGAAGCAGGUGGGGAGGACGAAGCUCCAAGGAUGCAAAACGUGUUAACGCAGCUCGUGAGCGGUGUGGUCGAAGAAAGAGAAGUCUCUCAUGUCUCUCGCUGUGUCACUCCAAACCCGGACAGAGCCUCCGGAACUCCCCCGGCUGCUGCCGAACCUGAGGAUGGAGAGCACUAUGGGAACGACGUGCUCCAGUCACCUUUCACUUUUCGAGCAUGUGACAAAUCUCGUGCUGUCCCUCACUCCAUGUCUCGUUCUCUUUCUCCCUGCGCCAAACGCCCAGUCAGUCCGUUGGACACAGUGUUCAAGGCGCUUCCAAGGACGCCGAGUCCCUUGGGACCGUUCACCUCCGGAUGGUUCGACGUUGAUGAUGUGUCCUUGGUGGGCUCGGACAUCGAAGGCGAAGAAACUCUAACCAAUUUGCAACCCUGAACAUGAGCGCAUAACCGCAUCGAUCUCGUCUGGAAAUAUUCACCUACUUGCCCGGAAAUUCGCUUCGAAUUUCGAAGUUCGGUCCCUUUGUGACUCGCUAGAUUUUCUUCUACCCUCGAUCGCUGCCUGAAACUCCCAGUCGAAGACCAGAAUGUCACUUUGCAUUGAACAAGUUACCAAUUGAUCAAAUUUGACUACGUAGUAAUGCCCAUAUAUGGCACCGCCCAGUUGAAGGAUCAUUCGCCGCAUUAAACAGGUUGGUCAGGAGCUUGUCUCAAGCAACCACCAGUUUUCUCUAUGUUCGUUUGUAAGAAAGGUUGCCGAAGAUGGACGGCGGUCAUCUUAUCUGGGAUUGAAA